AGGUUGCAAAAAUAGAUUGCAACAGCAAAGGGAAAUAGGAGCAUUGACCUUGGUGUGGAUGGGUGGAAGGAAGGCUAUUUUCCCAUUCAAUUGCAAUUUAUUUGGCCCUUGGAUUCGCAAAAAAACCAUGGCAGCAAACAAACACCACGUCUAUUUUGUUUGCCCCUCGGUUUCAGAAAAAAAAAACCACUGUAGCAAACAAAGACCACGCUUUGUUUCUGUCGUUGUAGAGAAACUUUCGCGGUUUCUCUUUCGAUGUUUCAAAACGAACUUCCUCGGCCCACCCACCCAUCACCCACCCACCCAUCGACUCGCUCGCUCACUCGCCGUCGUCCGUCAUCCCCUCGUCCACCAUGUACUCGUGGAGGGCGGAAUCCUUUUUCGGCGGCGGCAGGCCCUUUUGCCGGCGCUGCACGAGCAUCCCCCUCAUGUAGCAGUCCCGGAAUUUCUCGAAAAAGUCGUCGCAGUCCUGCUCCGGUUCCAGGGACUUCCCGGGCAGAAACUUUUUCUCGUAGUGGUCUGCGACGCACCUGCCCCAGGCCCGCUUGUGCUUCCGGCAGCGGCGGUCGACGUCGACGCCGACGCCGGUGGUCCCUGCCGGUGCGGUGCCCGCUGGCUUUUUCGGUUUGUCGUUCUCGCGGUCGGCCUCGCUUGCGCCCCCGGCCCUUGUGCCGCGGAAUCCCUCUCCGACCGCCGAGAGCGGCAGCGAGGGAUCGGAGCCGCUGGAAAUGCCCACACCGGUGGCGCUCUGGGCGGAUCCCAUGGUCGUUGUUCUUUCUUCGGUUUGGGCGUUCGGGUCUUUGGUUCGUGUUGCGUUGUAUCGAACCGUGCGGAAACGGGUUUCUGUAUCCGGGUCGCUGGCAAUCGCGGGUUUGGUGGAUGCGGUGGUACACGGUGGGGAGUGGGUCUUGUUCGUAGCUAGAACAAACAAGCACGGUGUCGACUUUCUCGGAGAGACCAGAGAUGAUUCCAAAAGAAAGAUGACAAGGAACGAAAUGAUUUUGACCGAGAGGAGGAGGCGAGAAAAGGAGAAGAAAAGGAAUCAAUCCUCACUGUGGAACAUUGAAGUCGGGUUGUUCUCCGUUGCGGAACGUGGAAUCGACGACUUGUACGACUAAAUAAAUCCGUAGAUGCCGUCUCCAGUCUCCAAUACCAGUCGGGUAGAGUAUGUAGGUACGUACUAGGAGCAGGUCCUACGUACCAAUCGUUGAUUGGCGUCUGUGGAUCAUCGGUGGAAUUUUUCGAAACCUAGAUCUUCAAUCUCGAGAUCAAAAUUUGAAUCCAAUGAUGCCCAUGUACCGGUAUCGUAACUCGUGCCAUACUCGUAGAGUUCAGCGUUCAGCAACACGACCGAGGCGAUCAAGAGAACCCCCCCACCCUUCGCGUCACCCGUCUGUGAUGCGACAAACAGCAUCGGGAUCCAACAUCCGACAUCCAACACAAUUCCUACCGAAGCUUCCAAGGCAAACAAGCCCUUUCGUACAACACCAAACCACACCACACCACACCACACCACACCAAACCCAAAGUUCAAGCCAACCCCAACCCCAGGCAACCAAAGAUGAACUUUCUCUGGCAGCAACGCGUGUUGCUCUUGGUCUCGGCCCUGCUCUCGGCGACGCCCUCGCCGGCGAUCGCCUCGUCGUUCGUGAUGCCUUCCGUGGCAGGAAAGCCCUCCGGCCGACCGGCCUUUGUCGCCGGCCGCCAAGAGAUCGGAACCGGGAGCUGCGCAAGCAAGGUGCUGGGGGUGUCCCCCGGCGGCGGCGGCGACGACGAGGAAACCGCGGUCCCGCAAGCCGAAAGCGGCGCCGAACCUUGUGCCACCAGCGCCCCGCUCGCCGCUUCCGGUGCGACGCCCCUGGGCCCCGGCGCCAAGACGCCCCCCGGGUUUCUCCGGUCCAGGUUUCCCCGCUUUCCGUGGAACAGGGUCCCCGACUACCUCACGUACGCGCGGUGCCUCGCCAUCCCGGUCUUUGUCGGCCUCUUCUACGCGAGCCUGAACGGAACCAGCCACCUCUACACGGGGACGAUCUUCGCCCUGGCCAGCGCCACCGACUGGUUCGACGGCUUUCUGGCCCGGCGCUGGGACAUCUCGACCGCCUGUGAGUCUCUCUCUCUUUUUUUGUUUGUUCGGACCGGGUCGAGUCGUUGUGAUGCUAACGAACGCAAAGCAGCGAAGAGAAGAUUCGAAUGGGUCUCCGGGCUCGGUCGUUGGGUUGUGCUGCUCCGUAGCCGUUCGUGUGUAGCGGUUCGUGGACAACUACGGGCAUAUCCAUGCAUCAACGCAUGGCUUCCAGCGGAAACAAGGCAGCGACCAUGAAAUCUUUUUUGAAAUUCCCCACUCAUGUUUUCUGUGUUUUUUCAUUCCUUGACCCACGCACGCUUCCUUUGAAUGCAACGCGUCGGAAUUGAUUUCCAUGCCACGCAUCAACCAACCAACCAACCAACCAAUACCGUGCAUGCUUCGCUGCUCUGCGCAGUCGGGGCGUUUUUGGACCCCGUCGCGGACAAGCUCAUGGUGAGCACCUCGCUCGUUCUGCUUUCCGGAAGGCACGGAAAGGUUGCCGCCAUUCCCACCCUGAUCAUCCUGGCGCGGGAGCUCGCCGUAUCGGCGCUCAGGGAAUGGAUGGCACAGCGCGGGGAGAGAGACACCGUCAAGGUCGGCUACCAGGGCAAGGUCAAGACCUUUCUGACCAUGACGGCGCUGACGGUUCUUCUCUACGCUCCCGCCGAGGCGGGAACCGCGUCGAUCCUCUACAAGGUGGGCAUUCCCAUGCUGUACAUGUCGGCCCUCAUCACCAUCACCAGUGGGAGCGUCUACUUUAUGGCCGCGGCGCCGGCCCUGCUUGGCACGAAACAGUAAGGGAACGCCAGCUUUUUUGCGAUGCAAACGAAACAAAACAAAAUCCCAGCGAACUAACGUAAAUCAAGUUAAGAAUUGCUAGAAACGAGGACCGCGCCGCGUACGGCAGGCACGCGAACAUUAACCGUGCGUUUGCAAUUGCAAUGGCUAUGCAUGGCACGGUCGUUUUCCGGGGUUGUCGUGCGUAGUGCAGCACACCAACGAGUCGAUAGUUCUAAAAACGGCUGCGACGAGCUCUCGUGCUCGUGGUUGUGAAACUGCAACCCACAACGCGUUUGACUCCCCCCCCCCCCUACGAGGUGUUGCAAAGGCGCAACCCAACAGGUUUGCCUCUUGUUCUUUUGUGGCAGAAGAUCGUCCGAUAAAGCCAAACGGGGGAGGCACGAAGCGUUCCAACGCAUGCCCGUGGCUGUGUGCCGUGCGCUCUCCCGUCUCUCGUUUGCCCGGACUCGAUGCUCUCUUGCCAUUUCCGGUGCUGCAGGAGGGCCACUCGAGACACUUGUUCGAAACCCAGUCCGCCGGCCGAUUGGAUUGGUAUCCCCUUUUGUAUUCUCUGGGCCCAGGGUCUCUUCUUUGCUGGACCGUAAAACGGAUUUUUCCUAGCUCUAUACGCAGUAGUGGUGGACCAUCCGAGGGCCAACUUUUUACCCUAUACCACUUCCUAAUAUCGUUAACAAACCGGUGCAUCCAAUGAAAUAAUAGAAGAAUCGAGCC